GUCAAGGUCCAGUCCUGCAAGGACGGACUUCAAGCGCUAACUCGGUACUGCCCCAAUGACCAGGGCAUGGCCGGGGAUAGCUCCAGCAAACCACAUACUCGAGGAUGAGCUCGUAGUCUUCCGCGCAGGAAGUGAGCACAAAACCCUGUAUCAGCAGCUCACGGAUGAAGCGGACGAAGCUUGGGAAGAUCUUUACACUCCGUCAAUCUUCAUGAUACCGCGCGACGUGGCCACGCGCCUCCCCAACCGAACCCAUCCUGUCACGCGCGACGCCCCGGAGGGCAACUACCUCGCCCAUCUCGACGUUUUCCAUCAAAUCCACUGUUUGAAUUACCUCCGCAUGAGCCUCAGCCCUGAGCGGUACAAGCCCCUCAUCCGACCAGACCUGCUCGAGUACGAGCACCUCAGCCACUGCGUGGACUCCAUCAGGCAAUCGUUGAUGUGCUCUGCUGACGUCUCCGUGAACGUCUGGCAGUGGUCCGAGCAUUAUCAAGCUGUUGCCGGCCGUGUCAAUGUCGCGCAUUCCUGCCGGAACUUCAACAAGAUCAAGGACUGGGUGCGCGAGCGGCUCGCGCCCGAGAUGCCCUUCAACGAGUUCGAGCACGUGGAGAAUGAUUUGCCUCACCCACCCGUCUUCCACUCGGCGCAAGAGUACCUCGACCUCGUAGGCUAGAUCGAUGAUAGGAGAUAUGCUUCGUUCUCCACUCUACAUGCUUGUGCGUCAAGCUGCAUGUACUGACCUCGGAUGUGUACCCCGAAGCACCGCGCGGGAUUUGCCGUGUG